CAACUUGGUACAGCAGCAGUUUAACUGUCAGCGAGUACUGGAAACCCCAGCAGCGCCGACACUAACGAAAAAAAAUGAAGUCCUUCAUUGCUUUGUGUGCUUUCCUCGCCGUUGCUUCAGCAAAUCCUGGAUAUCUUUUAGGAUACCAUCUAGGAGCACCACUCGGUCAUGAUGGAAGAGUAGUAGAUACACCAGAAGUGGCACAAGCUAAAGCAGCUCAUUUAGCCACUCUCGCUAAAGAAGCAGCUAGAAACACUUAUGGACAUGGAUAUGGAUAUUAUGCACCUGCAUUAUCUUACGCUGCUUAUCCGCAUGUUGAACACAUUUAUGCUCCAGUUGCCACGCAUCACGGACCUCCUGCCCCACUUGCAGCUGAUGGACGUGUGAUUGACACCCCUGAGGUAGCUCAUGCCAAAGCUGAACAUCUUGCUGCUCACGCAAAGGAAGCUGCAAAAACAGGAGGAAUUCCUUACGGAGCACUUGCUUACUCUUACGCACCUGUUUACACUUACGCCUAUGGUUGGCCUCAUGGAGGAUCAGCUCCCCUUGGACCUGAUGGCCGAGUAGUUGAUACACCCGAAGUUGCUCAUGCUAAAGCUGCUCAUCUUGCUGCCCAUCACGCUGCCACAGUUCACAGUCACCAUUAAAAAUUUUUUUGAGACUAAUUGAUAUUUCUUUUUACUUUAUUGAAAAAAUUCCAUUUCUGUUUAUCAAUAAAGAAUAAUUUAAUUUCCUAAAA